AGUCGACGUACACGGAAAUUUGAAAGAAAACUCCGUCACUUCUGAAAUGUACAACUGACCUCACAAGUCAAGUCAUGCGUGGUCCCUAAAACCACAAGUAUCUAACACAAAAACUCGCCAAUAAUGCUCAAUCAAUUGGAUCUCUCAAUUUGCUCAUUUUUCAUCAUCAUCUGAUUUCAACGAUGAACUCCAAUCCAUUAAUCCUUAUGAUCACUCUCUGCUUCUUCUUCUUGCUUCACCACCACAUCAUUACCCCUGUUUCCGGCGACUAUCUUCCUGUUGAAAACAUAGCCCUCGACUGUGGCUCCUUCACCAACAACAAUUUUGGCAGGCUCUGGAUUGGGGAAUGGAAUGUUAACAUAUCAUUUUCGGAACAACAACACGACAGUUCAAGAACAUCUAGUCCAACACGACCCCUCACUCAAAUCCCAAGUGUCCCGUACAGUACUGCACGAAUUUCUCGCUCAAAAUUCACAUACACAUUUCGUGUCAUUCCAGGGCCCAAAUUCGUUCGCCUUUACUUUUCUCCAACAAAUUACGACCCAGAUUUCAAUCGCUCAACGGGGUUUUUCUCUGUUCAAGCUGGUCGUUUUACUCUGCUCAAUAAUUUCAGUGCUGCCCUAAACGCAGACUCGCUUGGGUUACAAGGAUUUGCGAGAGAGUUCUGUUUGUUUGUGGAAGAUGAACGGAAUUUAAGCAUUACGUUCACUCCAAGUCCUGACAUUUCAGACUCGUAUGCUUUUAUUAAUGGGAUUGAAGUUGUGUCGAUGCCCGAUUAUCUUUAUUACAGUGCCGAAAACGGCACCGGAUUCAAGUUUUUGGGUCUGGAGAACCCUUAUCGGAUCAAAGACGACGAGGCACUGGAGUUGAUGUACCGUAUAAACGUCGGAGGGAAUGAUAUUUCUCCGUCAGAUGACACCGGGUUGUACCGAACCUGGUCUGGAGACGAUGAGUACUUAACGGAUGCUCGUCCAAGUGCUCUUCCUGUCAACGCCAGCAUCAAUCUUAGCUUUGAAAAGAUACCCUCUUAUGCUGCUCCGGAAGCAGUGUAUAAAACCGCGAGGACAAUGGGUUUGAACAAGACUACGAAUCAGAAUUACAGCAUAACUUGGGAGUUCAUUGUAGAUUCUGCUUUCAUAUACCUUGUUAGGCUUCAUUUCUGCGAGUUUCAGAUCGACGUAACACAUGUCGGUGACAGAGUGUUUGAAAUCUUCAUAGCGAAUCAAACUGCAGAGACACAAGCAGACGUGAUUGCUUGGACUAAUGACGGGUCGAGCACGAGAAAUGGGAUUCCGAUUUAUAGAGAUUAUGCUGUGAUGAUUGGAAAUAAAGGAAAUGAAAAGAAACAGAAUCUGUCGAUCGAGAUGCACCCGACUCCAGAAUGGCGAACUACGUACUCUGACUCUCUAUUGAAUGGUAUUGAAAUCUUCAAAAUCAGCAGCAACGCAAAUCUUGCCGGGACCAACCCGGACCCGGUUCUGAAGAUCCAACCUGAUGUGGUCCUCCCGAAUCCAAAACCCAAGAACAAACGAGUGACUGUAAUUGCCAUCGCUGCUGGUGUAAUCGCCGGAAUGGUUGUUUUCGCCGCUGUAGCGUUCUUGAUAUUCCGGCGCAGAAGACUAAAAGUCAAGGGGUCCGGUUUCAGCGAUGGCGAUUCAGGGUGGGCUCCACUCCCACUUUCUUCUACUAUGACCAAGUCAACGAAGACCUGCGACUCACCUCUACCGUCCGAUCUUUGUCGCCACUUCUCGCUCUCUGAAAUCAAAGCCGCGACAAACAAUUUCGACAACGUCUUCAUUAUUGGCGUUGGAGGCUUUGGUAACGUGUACAAGGGUUUCAUCAACGGUGGGGCCACCCCAGUUGCGAUCAAACGGCUGGAUCCGGGGUCUCAACAGGGGGCCCACGAGUUCAAGAACGAAAUCGAGAUGCUCUCCCAACUUCGUCAUCUCCAUUUAGUCUCUCUGAUUGGCUACUGUGUCGAAAAUCAGGAAAUGAUCUUGGUCUACGAUUACAUGCCGCGUGGAACCCUCCGUGACCAUCUCUACAACACGGACAAUCCUCCUCUUCCGUGGAAUCAACGGCUAGAGAUUUGCAUAGGUGCAGCACGUGGGUUGCAUUACCUCCAUACAGGCGCGAAGGACAAGAUCAUUCACCGUGACGUGAAGACUACGAAUAUCUUACUGGACGACAAAUGGGUCGCAAAAGUCUCCGAUUUUGGGCUUUCUAAAUUGGGCCCAACAGAUGCUUCCGACAGCCACGUCAGCACAGUAGUGAAGGGUACUUUCGGGUAUUUAGACCCCGAGUACAUUCGUCGUCAACAGUUGACGGAGAAAUCCGACGUGUACUCAUUCGGUGUCGUUUUACUCGAAGUGUUGUUUGCGAGACCAGCAGUACAGAAGGGGAAGGUUGAGAAGAAUCAAGUGAGCCUGGCAGUGUGGGCCCAGGAGUGCUUCCAAAAAAGGACCCUUGAUCAGAACAUUGACCCGUAUUUAAAGGCUGCGAUUGCUCCUGAUUGUCUGAGAAAGUUCAGUGAGGUGGCAGUGAGUUGCUUACUUCGUGAUGGGAUCGAACGGCCGUCGAUGAGCGACGUGGUGUGGGGGCUUGAGUUUGCACUGCAGUUGCAAGAGGGUGCGAAGGAGGCUAUCAAUCUUAGUGGGGCUCACAGUGUCCAUCGCCAGGGACCCACCAAAGAAUCGUCAAUGGAAGAAGAUGAAAUUAACAGCAAUGACAUAUUUAGCAGUGAUGGAAUACUGGGUUUUGAUUCCAAGACUAGCGGAGUAACGACAACAAGCAGCGACGACCGUCACAGUUCAUUGAGCGACAAUUCGGAGAGGAUGACUUCUGGUGCCGUUUUCUCUGAGCUCGUGCACCCAGAAGCCCGAUAAUUAGCUAGCUAGCCCAUCUAUGUUUCUAGUAAGCGAAAAAGGUUGGAACAUGUUCUGGUGUAAAUAUGAAGAAUGGUCAGAUUCAACUAUGUGCUUUUGAUCUUUCCUCUCCUUUGUCCUUUUGCCUCAACUAAAUGAUGAAUAAAGAGUCCUUACAAUUAUUCCUCUAA